AUGAGUUCAACCGUGAUCAAGUUUAGGGCCGGUAUCUGUGAAUAUAACGAAGAGUCACGCCUAUGUACACCAAUCCCAGUUCAGGGUGAGGUUGAGAUUAAACCAAAUGAAGAAGAGGAAUUGGGGUUCUGGGAUUUUGAAUGGCGUCCCACGGAAAAGCCAACUGGGAGAGAACUGGAUCCUAUUUCUUUAAUUUUGAUUCCCGGGGAGACAAUGUGGGUUCCAAUAAAAUCUAGUAAAAGUGGCAGAAUAUUUGCUUUAGUCUUCUCUUCCAACGAAAGAUACUUCUUCUGGCUGCAAGAGAAAAGUCCAGGUAAUUUGUCUCUGAACGAAUUGAACGCUAAAGAUAAAGAGGUUUACGAAAAAAUGACUGCAGUGCUGAAUAAUGGUGGUGAAAGCGAUAAUGAGGAAGAAAGUCAUGACGAAAAGCAAAAGAUACAAGAUGUAGAUGUAGAUGUCGAUGUCGACAUGCAAGAUUAG